CUCGUAGUGGUGAGACGUCACGAGCGUCAGUAGCGACGUGGAGACGCAGAGCUAAUAGAGCCUUAACUUCCACUGUCAGAAACGCUCUACUGGACUUCUACCAUCACAAAUUACAAAUCAUUUACUUUUAUUCGUCUGAGAACACAUAGGCACCUGUAUAGAGGACCACGAGUUGCUUUUGUGACUCGCUGUCAAAUCUGUCGUUCAUCAGGUUUUGCUCGGCUGAUGAUGAGGCUCUGAGGAAGUCUCUGGUUGUUUCCGGAGGAGAUGGGUGCAAACACCAGUCAGGUGAGCGACCUGUCAGAGAGCCAGAGCAUCCGCACUCUGAUUGGUCCAGACGCCAUCUCCGAGAACGAGCCCUUCUGGAACCAGCUGAUCUCCUUCACCUUCAGCAGUCCCACCUGCAGUGCUGAUGCUAAACUCCUGGAGGAGGCGGUCGUCCCGCUGGCUAAGACUCUGAUUCAGAACAACCCCAGGUCCGGGAACUUCGGGGCGUUGGUGAGGGUUUUUCUCAGCAGAACCAAAGAGCUGAAGAUUUCCACAGAAUGCCAAGAUCAGUUGUUCAUCUGGCAGGCCCAUAAUGCUUUGUUCCUGGUGCGCUGUUUGCUGAAGGUCUUCAUCAGGGAGAUGAAUGAAGAAGAGCUGCACUUACAGUUCUCCUACCAGGAGAGGCCGCCGGGAACCUACGACUCCAUCUGUGAGGAUCUUCUGGAGGAGCUGGUCUGUAAUUUGGUGCAUCUCAUCGUCGAGGUGCCGCUUCUUGACAUCACCUACAACAUCCUGUUUGAAGCUGUCACCAUCCUUCUGGUGCUGUUGUCCUAUCAGCUCUUCCACAAGGAGGUUCUGAGGGAGGGGCUUAUUUACGGCUACCUGACCAGAGGACGAUGUCUGUCUCUGACGAGUCGUCUGGUGAAGACGCUGCUGUAUAACUUCAUCAGACAGGAGAAAUGUCCUGCUGCCACACAUGUGUUGCAGACGCAGUCAGACGGAGGAGGCCUGCUGUACGGACUCGCAUCAGGAGUCGCCAGUGGGUUGUGGAGCGUGUUCACAUUAGGGGGAGUCGGCAGCAGGCCGGGGGCGGAGCAAGAUCAGAACCCUCUCCCACUGUCCAAUCAGAGUCUGUUGUUACUGCUGGUUCUGGCCAAUCUGACCGACGGCCCGGACUGUCCGAACCCUUACCGCCAGGCUGUUACCUGCUUCAAAAACACUCAAGAUUCCUCAUCCAUCCCGUCUCCUCAGCCUCACACGUUUCAGAUCAACUUUAACAGUCUGUACACCGCGCUGUGCGAGCAGCAGAAAUCAGACCAGGUGACGUUACUGCUCUACACGCUACUGCACCAGAACAGCAACAUGAGGACGUACAUACUGUCCCGCACGGACAUGGAGAACCUGGUGUUGCCGAUUCUUGAGAUCUUGUAUCAUGUGGAGGAAAGAAACUCUCAUCAUGUGUACAUGGCCCUCAUCAUCCUCCUCAUUCUCACGGAGGACGACACCUUCAACCGCUCCAUACAUGAAGUGAUGUUGAAGAACAUCUCAUGGUAUACGGAGCGUGUUCUGACGGAGAUCUCUCUGGGUUCUCUGUUGAUCCUGGUCGUGAUUCGGACCAUCCAGUUCAACAUGACGAGGACCAGGGAUAAAUACCUCCACACGAACUGCCUGGCUGCCCUAGCCAACAUGUCGGCCCAGUUUCGUAACCUACACCAGUACGCCGCCCAGCGAAUCAUAAGUUUGUUUGCUCUGCUGUCAAAGAAGCACAAUAAAGUUCUGGAGCAGGCGACCCAGUCCUUGCGUGGGCCCCUGGGAGCAGACGACACCACCGUUCUGCCCGACUAUGCUCAGGAUCUGAACGUCAUCGAGGAGGUGAUCAGGAUGAUGCUGGAGAUCAUAAACUCCUGUCUGAGUAACUCGCUCCAUCACAACCCAAACCUGCUGUACGCGCUGCUCUACAAGCGCGAGCUCUUCGAGCAGUUCAGAUCACAUCCGUCCUUCCAGGACAUCAUGCAGAACCUGGACACGGUGAUAGGAUUCUUCAGCCAGCGACUGGAGCAGGCAGGAAGUGACCUGUCCGUGGAGAGAGUUCAAGAGGUCAUCCAGAAAGGUGCGACGGCCCUCCCUAAAGAGCGCCUGAAGAAGUUUCCGGAGCUGAAGUUUAAGUACGUGGAGGAGGAGCAGCCGGAGGAUUUCUUCAUCCCGUACGUCUGGUCUCUGGUCUUUAACUCUGGAGUGGGUCUGUACUGGGACUCUCAGGGCACCGAGCUGCUCGGCAUGGACUCGCCCUGACCGGGUGUGUGUCUGUGUAAGUCACAUGUCCAAACCUGGAGCUUCUGUCCUCAUCGCACCGCUCAAAGGGCUGUGUCCGGCUGCACUGAAUUCUGGGAUUGGUACGAUUUGGGGUUUCAGUCACAGGUCUGAUGUAGCUAAAACACUUGGGUUGAUUGUGAUGAUCCUUCGUUUGAUUGUUUCUGUUUGUGGGUCACAUGUGGGGAAGAUGAGUCGAACCACAUGAUUUCUUGACUGACGGUGAACAUAAAUCAUGCUUUGACCCCAUUAGGAUUGAUUCUUAAAGGAAUAGUUCACCCAAAAAUGAAUGUUUGCUGAAAACGUGGUGCUCUGCAGUGAAUGGGUGCCGUCAGAAUGAAAUGAGAGUCCAAACAGCUGAUAAAAACAUCACAAUAAUCCACAGCACUCCAGUACAUCAGUUAACCAGAAGACAAAAGCUGCGUGUUUCUAAGAAACAAAUCCAUUUAAGACAUUUUUAUCUUCAAACCGUUGCUUCUGCUAUCCAUAAUGUUGCUUUCUCUAGUUAAAAAGUCUGAAUGAGGAGAGAAAUCUGCACGGUUUCAAAGCAAAAACAGUUCAAAACGGCUCUAAGUAAGUCUGUGGGUGGAUUUUGGAGGAAGUGUAUUUAGGAUUACAGACUCAUGUUUUGGCCACAAGUGAUGAUUUGAAGUUAAAGAAGUCUUAAAGAUGGUUUAGCUGUGUGUUUUAGUUAAACACACAGCUUUUAUCUUCUCAAGUCAUUAACUGAUGGACUGGAGUGGUGCGGAUUAUUGUGAUGUUUUUAUCAGCUGUUUGGACUCUCAUUCUGACGGCACCCAUUCACUGCAGAGCAUCCAUUAGUGAGUAAGUGAUGCAAUGCUACAUUUCUCCAAAUCUGAUGAAGAAACAAACUCAUCUUGGAUGACCUGAGGGUGAAGACAUUUUUAUUUUGCGUGAACUAUUCCUUUAAUAAGCGGAUUAUUAUGCACAGCUUCGUCACAUAUCACUAUAGUAAGUUACAAAUAAAUAAUAUUUGACCAUUUUUGGCUUUUUUUAUAGGAUGCUUUGCUGUUUUAAAUGAAUUUAUUAUUUUGUCAUUAUAUUUAGUUCAUUGUACCCAUAUGCCCUUAUAUAAUCUACACCUGAGCAUCGCACAAAGAAAAACCAAAACCUUUAUAUAUAUAUUUAUAUAUAUCAGUUAAUUUCUUUUCUGACGUUUGCUGUUUAUCUUUGACACUUGCAUUUAAGCGGUUUUCUAAUCAUAAUAAUAAGAGUAAUACAUAUUUAGAUACUUGUGUUAUUAAAUGAGCAACUUUCCCAUGUAAAUGCAGUUUCGUGUAUGAUUUAUGUAAAUUAUAGAUUUAUGUUGUAUAGAGAAAUACACACUGCAUUCGUUGCAUUGCUGUUUAUUCCCUCAGUUUUUGAUUCUAGGUACAGAGAUCCUAAUUAAAUAUCCCUCUUUUACUGA